AUGAAGGUCCUCGAGAAGCAAUCGUCCGUCCUCACCAACUGGGAAGUUCUCAACAUCGUCCGCGAGCAAAAAGCGGAGUAUGAAGGCAGCGACGGCGCCGGCCGCACACGGCCCAUGCCCAGCAAUCUGAACCGCAUCCUCACCGACGUUGAGGCACAGCUCAUCGAGGCUUCCUCCCCGCUCGCAGGCAGCCACAAGUACCGCGAAAGCGCCAUCCGCACGCUCUUUGUCAAAACCAAGGAGGCAGGCUUCGAGAUCGAGAAGGCCGAGAUGCUCAUGAUCUUCAACCUGCGGCCCAAAUCGCUCGCCGAGCUUGACACGAUCAUGGAGGAGCUCGACGGCCGUUACGACGAGACGAAGCAGGAGGAGCUGCUGGCUAUCGUCAGGGAGUGCCUGGGUCCGCUGGACGACGGAGAAGCGGAGCCGGCGCAGGAUGCGAAGAGCACGGACUGGAGGCACGACACGCACCGCCGGGGCGGCGCGGAGGUCGGACUGAAGGGGGAGAAGCUUGAUAAGCCGAUGGCGGAUAUGAGCUUGGGAGAAAAUGGCGCGUAG